AUCUGUCAGUCAGGUCGACCGGGACCAAUCAGGCGCGUUUGUCCUUUCGCCUCGCGCUACGCACGCUGGCCGGCAGCGAACGCUCCAAUCCAAGAUGUCGGCGGCGUCUGUGUUCCCCAUGUGUGUCCGGACGGGUCGCGGCCUGCUGAGGCUCCGCAGCGGGACUGCGGGCGCCUCCGCCCCGGCAGUGCUGCACGUCAUCCGGAAGCUCUCCUCCGACAAGCCGGCGGGCGGAGCGGGCGGCGCGACCGGCGGCCUCGCUCAGGCGAUCCUCCAGGAGAGACUCCAGCAGCAGCAGAGUCAGGGCCAGCCUCCUCCCCCUCCUCCUCCUGAGGGAGAGAAGGAGGGAGAGCGAGCGGAGGACAAGAAGCAGAAGGAGAACACCGCCUACGCCAAGAAGAUGGUCCUGCGGUUGGCGGGCCUCAUGGGUGUGGGCGGGGCUGUCAGCAUCGUCUACAUCUUCGGAGCGAACUCUGUGGACGAACAAGGCCAGCAGAUUCCAGACGAGUUCGAUGCAGACCCUCCGGUUGUUCAACAGUUGAGAAGAACCUUCAAAUACUUCAAGGAUUACAGACAGAUGAUCAUCGAACCGACGAGCCCCAAGCUGCUGCCCGACCCGCUGAAGGAGCCGUACUACCAGCCGCCCUACACCCUAGUGCUGGAGCUCACCGACGUCCUGCUGCACCCGGAGUGGUCGUUGGCGACAGGUUGGCGCUUCAAGAAACGCCCGGGCAUCGACUACCUGUUCCAGCAGCUGAUGCAGUACUACGAGAUCGUCGUCUUCACCGCAGAAACCGGCAUGACGGCGUAUCCUCUGAUCGACAGCAUCGACCCGCAGGGGUUCGUCACGUACCGCCUCUUCAGAGACGCCACACGCUACAUGGAGGGCCAUCACGUGAAGGACGUGUCGUGUUUGAACCGGGACACCAGCAAAGUGAUCGUGGUGGACUGUAAGCGCGAGGCGUUCAGCCUGCAGCCCUUCAACGGCCUGGCCCUGAAGAAAUGGGACGGAAACUCCGACGACCGGACGCUCUACGACCUCGCACACUUCCUCAAAGCCAUCGCCAUCAACAGAGUGGACGACGUCCGCUCGGUUCUGGAGAACUACGCUCUGGAGGACGACCCCAUCGAGGCGUUCAAGCGACGACAGGCUCAGCUGGCGCAGGAGGAGGAGCAGCGUCUGGCCGAGCUCUCGCAGCAGAAGAAACAGGGACUGUCGCUCGGCUCCAUCACCUCCCGGUUCUGGCGCUCCAAACAGCAGUGAGCCCCGCCUCCACCACCCUCACACUUCCACCAAUCACAGUCUGCGCUGAGGAGUGGGCGGGGACUCGUGUACCGUGUCAUCACGAAUGAGCAGUCAGUGGGUGGGGCUCCUGCUGCGGACCACGCUAACCAGCAGAAAACUUCCUGGUUGUGCAGAGCCCAGGCUUCAGCGGUCCCGCCCUCAUUUGUCACAUGAUGCUGUUUCUAAGCUGCUGAUUGGGUGAAAAGGAAAAGGGGAGCGGCAGAUGGAACUCUUGGUGGUCGGAGGCUGAUCCAGGACCAGCGCCGCCCCCCCACGCCCACAGGGACCUGAGAUCAGCAGCGGUUACUCCUAGAAUCUGUCUUUUGUCGUGCUCUGUGUCCGUGUGUCAGUCUGUCUGAUGGGGGGAGGGGCGCCCUCCAGUCAUGUUUAUAAUAAUUAAAUAAUUAAUAAAUGGGAUUUGUAAGACUUUG